AUGCCUGCAGAGAAGGUAGCAGAACCGGUGAAGACCAGACAAAUGAGAGGGAAGAUCAUCACUGAAGUAGAGGAUGAUGAGGACAAUCUCAGGCCAGAUGACCUGUCAGAGUUGCUAGCGGAGGGAACCAAGGAGUCACACGACAGAGCAGAGAACUGCCAGUUUGUCAAAGACUUCCUCAGGGGACGCAUCCAAAGAGAACUGUUUAAGCCCUCCACUCCUCCCUCCCUCCAGCGGGGCACAGUGGCGCUAUACUUUGUCUAUACUGCCAUGGAGGAGGAGAUAGAGAGGAACAGGGACCACCCCCAUUUUGCCCCCAUCUACUUCCCCACUGAGCUGCACCGACGUGAGGCUCUGGCCCAAGACCUGGAGUACUUCUAUGGAGAAGACUGGGAGAACCAGGUCACCUGCUCCCCGGGCACCCAGCCAUAUGUAGACCGCAUCCACGAAGUGGGACGUGAAGACCCGGUCCUGCUGGUGGCCCACUCCUACACCCGCUACAUGGGGGACCUCUCUGGGGGUCAGAUCCUUAAGAAGGUAGCACAGCGGGCGCUGAAGCUGCCCUCUAGUAGCGAGGGGCUGCACUUCUACCAGUUUGAGGGCAUCCACAGCACCAAGGCCUUUAAACAGCUGUACAGGAGCAGGAUGAACGAGCUGGAGAUGGACCAGGAGACCAAGGAGAGGAUCAUAGCCGAGUCUAACCUGGCCUUCAAGUUCAACAUGGAGGUGUUCACAGAGCUGGAGGAGGUAGGGAAGAGCAUCAAGGAGGAGGUGUUGGACGCAGGGUUCCCAGGACAUGGCGGAGACAUUAACAAGUGCCCUUACUACGCUGCCAAAAUGGUGGCCAGUGGCAACACUAACUUUGCCUGUCAGUUAGCCAUGAUGCUGCUGAGACAUCCUGUUGGUCAGAUGGUUCUGGCCAGCUGGGCGGCUGCUGUCGCCGGAUUGGCUGCCUGGUACCUCCUGUGAUCUAUCACGGACUGAUUCAGCCAAUCAUAUGUUUAAAGCGCGGAAGACUCAACAAGGAAAGGGUGGACUUCUGGAGGAGGAUGGCCAAGCUUUGUCCAGACUAAUGAACUUGUUCCCUCCCUCAAUCCUUUUCAUUCUUUAUUUCUCUCACUCCCUUUGUUGCUGUGUUGAUACCAGCUGGUUGUUGUAGUAAUGAUGUUACUGUAACGUUGUAGGGUAUGAACCCGUCUUUAAUUCAUCUUUUCACUGCCUACAUGCAGAUGAUCUCCUUAGUAAUGUCCUCUUCAGUACUUAUCACCUGCACUAUUCUGGUUAUCAACACUGAAUAGUUACAUUGUUCAACUUUCAUUUAUGGCUGUAAGUGUGUAUUGAAACUAUACUGUACUUGCAGUACAGUGUAUUUUAGGCAUAUACAGUUGAAGUCGGAAGUUUACAUACACUUAGGUUGGAGUCAUUAAAAUUUGUUUUUCAACCACUCCACAAAUUUCUUGUUAACAAACUAUAGUUUUGGCAAG